AUGAAACUGGGGAUCGGCAUUCUCACUCUACUCGAAUUGCUUCACGGAGCAGCUAUACUGGUGGAAGCAGCGGUAAGUAGCGACACAAUUGUAUCUUGCGACACGGUCAGUACAGGUGGUACUUUGGAAAGCACACCUUAUAGCUCAUCUACCGCUUCGAUAUUGGCCCGAGGCACACCUGCGAUCGGAGUGUAUCAUUUCUACCGCUCUGUCACCUAUGUCAGCGAUUGCAAUCCAAGCACACGGACAGCGACAGAUGUCAACCCAACCAUCACUAUAUACUAA